AAGGAAAACAGAGCGGGUGAGGAGAGGCCGGGGGAGGCCGCGGGGAGCGGGAUCGAGCCGGGACCGGUCUCCUGCCCACGGCCAUGGACUGGAAGAGGGAGCCCAAGCUGUUCGGCCCACCACCCCUCGGGCUCAGGUUGCACGUGGUGACCUGGAAUGUGGGAACAGCGUCCCCUCCUCUGGACGUCAGUGCCCUGCUCCAGCUGGAUGGAUCGGCCUCGAGGGUGGACAUGUAUGUCAUUGGUUUGCAGGAAGUGAACUCCCGGAUCAUGAACUUCCUCACUGACCUGGCAUUUGACGACCCGUGGAGCAGCUUCCUCAUGGAUGUCCUCUCUCCUCUGGGCUUUAUCAAGAUCUCCUCCGUCCGCAUGCAGGGCCUGCUCCUGCUGGUCUUCAUCAAGUGCGGACACGCGCCCUACCUCCGCAACAUCGACACCAACUACACCCGCACCGGCCUCUUCGGCUACUGGGGGAACAAGGGGGGCGUCACCGUCCACAUGAGUCUCUACGGCUACUCCAUCUGCCUCAUGAACUGCCACCUGCCCGCCCACAUGGACAACAUCGAUCAGAGGCUGGACACCUUUGAGCGGAUCCUGGAGAUGCAGGAUUUCUCCAGCCAGGACGUGCCCAACAUUCUGGACCAUGACCUCCUCAUCUGGUUCGGAGACCUGAACUUCCGCAUCGCAGACCACGGCAUGCGUUUUGUCCACGAGUCAAUAAGCAGUCGCCGCUACAACCUGCUGUGGGAGAAAGACCAGCUUAAUAUGGCCAAGAGGAAAGACUCACUGCUCCAGGAGUUCCAGGAGGGCCCCCUGCACUUCAUGCCAACCUACAAAUUUGACCGCAACUCAGAUGUCUACGACACCAGCGGGAAGAAACGUAAACCCGCGUGGACCGACCGGAUCCUGUGGCGGCUGAAGCCCCCUCCCCAGACCCAGCUGACCACUGCCCUCCCCGGGGACCCAGACCACGUGUUCCACGUGAUGCUGAGCAGCUACACCAGUCACAUGAGCUAUCGCAUCAGUGACCACAAGCCGGUCACCGGGACUUUCAACCUGGAGCUGAAGCCCCUGGAAUCGGCCCCACUCAUCACGCUGAACCCCGAGGGGGAGUGGAGCAGUGACCAAGAUGCCAUCGUCUGUUUCUCUGAAACUCCCGACUUUAUCAGCAACUCCUGGGACUGGAUUGGGCUAUACAGGGUGGUGUUUCGCCACGUGAAUGACUACGUGACCUACGUGUGGGUCAAGGACAACCAGGUUUCCUCCAGUGAGGGUGUGAGUCAGGUGUACAUCAGUGCCAAGGAGAUUCCGCAGAGUGGCGGGGAGUUCAUCCUCGGUUACUAUAGCAACCACCUGCAGGCACUGGUGGGAAUCAGUGAGUCCUUUCAGAUCCAGCCAGGACUGCUGGAGGCGUUAUCAAGUCACGAGGGAGAGCUGGAGGAGACCUGGUAGCUCAGCCAGCCUGGACUUCUGAGCUAGGAUGGUAUUGAGCACAGAGUCCCACAGCCCCCACCCCCAAGCCGUAUCUGUGGGGAGAGGAGGAGGAGGAGGCCGCCCCAUCACCUCGAGGUACCAGGCGGAGAGCUGGGUGAUCGUCUUCCCGGAAGACGGACUCCCGGUGAUUUCCCCCUGUCCCUCUCCCGGAUCCUCACGACCGCACUCCCUCCUCUUGGGUCUGCUGCCGCUUGGCUCCGGUCCUGCUGGACUCUCAGCCCCUGCCUGGAGCCCGAGGGACGGUCUUCCAGUCCAGCAGAGGAGGAGCCAAAGCACCUCCCUGCCGCCCGGUCCCCGUGGCCCCUGACCCAAUCCUCGCGUUUCCAAACUCCCACCCGCUGGAAUGAGCAAUGGCAAACACAGGUCUCGGUUUCCAGGACCUGGAUGGAUCCAGCUAGUUUGUCAACAGGCGUGGCGACGGGGGGCAGAGCUCAAGGGGACCCGGGGGCUAGAGGA